CGCCAGCAACUUCCUCCCUCUCCCGGCGGCCUUUCUUUCUCACCUUCGCGGCUUCGGUUAUCUGCAAAACUUAUUAGUAGGCCAGACGGUGAUCGGAACCCGUGCCACGUCACCACAACCUCUUUCCCAAUCUUCCCUCAAACCUAUCCUCACUCACCGUACGUGUUCUUGGGGAAGAUAACAAACCAACCACAGCUGUGUGAUUAAAACAAGUCAAAAGAGAAAGAGAUAUGGGAUUGCCAAAUGUUUCAGGGGAUUUGUCAGCAGAAAUGGACGUGGAUGCUUUCAGACGACUUUUCCCUCUGCGCUUCUAUGAGCGCCAUCUUGUUGAAUCUAUACGCCCUGAUGCCAGGCCACUUGGAAGAGCCAGAGAUACAACGUUAGCCUUAGGGGCAGUUGCAUCUGCUGAUGGAUCAGCACUAGCAAAGAUUGGAUUGACUACCAUGCUGGCUGCUAUAAAAAUGGAAGUCAUGACACCUUCAACUGAGACGCCAGAUGAGGGAUCCAUAGCUAUUGAUUUCCACAUGCCUCCAAUUUGUUCUCCGCUUGUUAGGCCUGGUAGGCCUGCUGAGGCAGAACCGGUUGUGUCGAAGCAGUUAUCUGAUACUAUUCUAAGUUCUGGCAUGAUUAAUUUGAAGGAGUUAUCCUUGAUCAAUGGAAAAGCUGCUUGGAUGGUCUACCUGGACAUAUACUGUUUGGAUGCUGAUGGUGCCCUCUUUGAUGCUGCUUUGCUCUCAGCAGUUGCCGCCUUUUCUCACUUGCAGAUUCCUGUAGUUUCAUUAAAUGAUCAUGGGAAAGUAGUUCUUAUGUCUGAGGAGAACGAGGGAGGAAAAGAUCCAGUAAAUAAAGAGAAAAGGAAGCUCACAUUGAGCAGCAUACCAUUUUCAUUAACAUGCAUACUUCACAAGAAUUACAUAUUGGCUGACCCUACUGCAGAGGAAGAAUCAAUCAUGGAAACUCUUGUAACUGUGGUUUUGGAUUCAUCUGGUCAACUUGUCUCUCUUUACAAGCCAGGUGGACCUGUACUUGCCUAUACUUCAGCUAUUCAGGAUUGUGUUGCGCUGACUAGGCAAAGAGUGAAGGAACUUCGGAAGAUUUUAGAUGAAGCCCUUUCCGGUAUGGAGGUUUACUAGUUUCAUUGUCCAUCUUCUAUUAAGAUUAAUUUAUAAAUAUAUAUACUUUCAUUUCUACCUCUUCUUCUGGUGACAUUAGUAACCAUCAAGAACGGUUUUUGGGAGGUAGCAUCUUUAGUCAAUUUUGUCUUUUUGGCUUUACAAAAGUGUUAUGAAAUCUUAUAAAUGAAAUGCUUCCAAUUUUCCCCCCCUCC